AGAAAAAUGUAAAAACUGAAGAAACAUUUACUAGCAAAAAUUAAAUUAAGGAAAAAAAUAGAAGAAAAACAGGCGAACGAAGCACGAAAAUAAAAAGAGGAAGAGAUGAAAUGAAAUGAAAAGGAAACCAGGGAGUAAUUGAACGGGAACAGGUACGAUAGACACGUAUAUAUUUCCAAAAUAUUAGAACAAAUUGAAAAAAAUUUUCAAAAAAAGAACAAAAAACGAACAUCAAAGAACAUUACAUGUAACAAAAAACCAAUAAGAAACGAGGAGAAAGAAAAAUUAUAAUUAUAGAAACGAAACACUAAUUAUCAUUUAAAUAAUACAUUUGUUUAUCUAAAAAAAACGCCCUGACUUUUGAUGGGGGAAUUCGAUCGUCACCACGAACGCUGUAAACUCGGUGGUGCAGGAAAUCCGAGAUUAACCGACGGUGCAAUAAUAAAUUAUCGAGAAAAUCGAUAAGAAGAGAAAUUUCGAACAAAAAAGGAAGUGAAUGCUUUGGAGUGCUUGUUUUGUUUAAAUUUCGGUUUUUUGAAUUAACGAACAAAUAUACACCCGUAGGCAUUGGAGAGGUGUGCAGUGAAUUCUUGACAGCAAAAGUGAGGAAGAAAAAAAAAAGAAAAAACGCCAAAGAAUCUUAUUUUUGUUUUUUCGCUUUCGAUCUUCCAUUCCGUUCUAUAGACAAUUUUCUCGUUUGACUGCGACAGAGCUAAAGAAAACAACGGAGAAAAUCAAUGAACUAUAAUAUACCAAUUUGUAAAAAGUGCACGUGAUGAUCUCCUCUGUUGAUAAUAUAAAGUCGAUCGUAAAUGUGCCCCCCACCACAGCUAUAAGUGAAAUAAAAAAAUAUUAUUACAAAUGAAGAUUUUUUUUCACUUCCUUCUUUACAUCUAUUCAGAUCGAAGAAAUAUAUAAUAAAACGAUACACGGUAACGUUGCCCUGUAACAAAAUCAAAGGGGAAAGAUAUUGAUAAAAUUGCGAUGAUUCUGCCGCCCGGUAUAAUAAUGACGACUAAAUUAAAAUCGAAGAAUUUUAAUUGUUUCAACAAUUGUGACGAUGAUAUUUCGAAAAAUACAACGAUAAUUCAACGGUCACAUAUUUUUUAACCGACGUCGAUCGACAUAAUCAAUCCAUCCUCGCAUCAUACGUCACCAUAGAAAAUGCACUUCUUCGAGGUGUUGGUGUAAAAGUUGGUGCGGUCGUUUUAUUUUUUUUUUUUCUUCAAAUUUUCUUUUCUUUCGCCUCUUCUCGUCCGUUAAAUUUAUUUUCACCACCCCCACCCUUCACUCGUUCUUUCUCUAUUUCCAUCUCCGAUUCGUUUCCCACUUGGUUUUUUUCUUUUACUUUUUUUUUUUUUCACAAGUACUCGAUACCGAUAAUAAUAUUGAUUGAAAAUUUUAAUCCGAUCAAUCAGUCUCCCCCCAUCCUCUCUCUCUCUCUAUUUUGGUGCGCCGCGUAGAGUGUCUCUAUGUGUGCAGUGUGCAGUGAUUCGUUCAAUAUUUAUUAUACGAUACGCGUGUUGUGAGAGAAGAAGAAAAAAAGAAUAAAAAAAAAUAAUAAUUUUUAAACAUAAAAUAUUAAUAGUACGAAUAGUAGUGUAGUAUAAAGGAACAACGUUUCGGAAAAGUAGAAAAUGAAAAGUGCUUUCGGUUGAAACGAAGAGUGGGUAAAUAGAAAAAGAGAAAGAAGAAAGAGAGAACGAAAGAAAGAAAGAAAGAAAGAAAACAAGUUGGCGGACGACGCGACGUGAUAUUGACGUCGGGUCAAAUAGUGCGGGAGAGAUUGACGUUUAGCUGCACGAUAGCACCUCUGGUGCCGGCGGCCGUGGGCCCCGGUGGAUUGGGCACCAUGGCGGCAUCAUCGUCUUCCUCAAGCGGUGAACAACAGUACUCAUUAAGAUGGAACGAUUUUCAUUCGAGUAUUCUGAGCUCGUUUAGACACCUGAGGGAUGAGGAGGACUUCGUCGAUGUUACCCUCGCUUGCGACAGCAGCAGCUUUACCGCUCACAAAGUCGUACUUUCCGCCUGCAGCCCCUACUUCCGGAGACUUUUGAAGGCAAAUCCAUGCCAACAUCCCAUCGUUAUCCUGAGGGACGUCGCCUCGUCGGACAUGGAAUCUCUUUUGAGAUUUAUGUACCACGGCGAGGUCCACGUUGGACAGGAACAACUGGCGGCCUUCCUUAAAACCGCGCAGAUGCUCCAGGUCAGAGGACUCGCCGAUGUCAACAGCGGAGCAACUAAAAUACCACCACCCUCCUCGAGUGCGAAUAACGGAAGCGCACCCACGACGCCUCGUCUCCCUUGGCAGGAUAACGGAAGAGGCGACGGUUUACCUUUGAACGAUAGCGGUCUUAGUCCACCGCCGGAGAAAAGACCACGUAGUUAUUCGCCGCCACUCGGUAAUCAUAUCGAGCCAAAACCCGACCUCCAAGAAUCUCUUCUUGGACAAGCACUCGAAGGAGGUCCAACGAUACACACCACGCCUAGCAAUAAUGUGCAGAAGGGAAAUCAUGACAAUUCUCUUCAGGCACAGUCUACGGGUGAAGACUCGAAUUCUUUGUCCGAUAAUGAAGAGGAUAUUUCUAACAACGACAGCAUUCUAAAUUCCGUAAAGACUGAGCCGACAGAUUUACUCAAUGACUCCAUCGAACAUCACCGCAGCACAUUUCCAGCCGCUCUUCUUGGACUCCAAGGUUUGAUGCCAGGACCUUCGGGAAUUCAUGCGGCAAACCAGGACCCCAGUUAUGUUGCCCGUCGAGGAUUGGACAUGAUGCGAGUUCGCGCGACGGAUCCACGUCCCUGUCCAAAAUGUGGGAAGAUAUAUCGUUCGGCUCACACAUUGCGUACGCAUCUGGAGGACAAGCACACGAUUUGCCCGGGUUACAGAUGCGUGUUGUGCGGUACGGUGGCGAAAUCAAGAAAUUCACUCCACUCUCACAUGUCUCGUCAACAUCGAGGUAUAAGUACUAAAGAUCUGCCGGUCCUCCCCAUGCCGAGUCCCUUCGAUCCCGAAUUAGCAUCGAGGCUCCUCGCCAAGGCCGGUGUCAAAGUAUCACCCGCUGAAUUGAGAGCGAGGGCGAGUCCCACCGGUCCAAGACGCGGCGACAUGAGACUCGAGCUGCCGAGAGGUGCUCCUUCGGAGACCGGAAGUUCCGUCUGCGGCGGCGACGAUCCCGAAGAUUUGACGCUACCCUUGAGUCUACGUUACGGUUCGCCGACGCCGAAUAACAACACGGUUAUAACGAAGGUAACUAAAACGCCGACGGCCAUUGCCGCUAAAUCAUUAGACACCAUGCAUAUAUCGCGUGAGCCGAACACCGCUCCUCUUCAUCCACCGGGACACCCAGGACCCGGACAUCACAACAGUGCAACCGGUUCGGCGAUCCUCGAUACCUAUUUACAAUUUAUCGCCGAAAAUUCUGUGCUAACGAUGGGCCUGAGUCCGGAACAGACGGCGGCGGUCGCUGCCGCUCACGCUGCUAAAAUGGCGCAUAUAAGCGCCAUGGACAAAAUGGGCGGUCGUGGAAUAGAAGAUUAUCCGAUGAUCGGCAGAGACGAGGGUAGGGGGCCGGGGGUUGUUCACGAAGACAGACCGGAACAUCAUCAGGGUCACACGGCCAUGGACGAAGCAGAUUCGUCCGGGGGCGAAGACGACGAUUUCAGUGAAAAUGACGAACCGGAAGUUGUAAAAGCUGAAUGAGGGAUCAGUAUGUAAAAGAAAUUGACAAAAAUCACAGUUUUGUUUUUGUUUUUAUUUUUUAUUUUAUUAAUUUUUUUCUUUCUAAAUUAAUUAUUAAUAUUAUCUAUUAUUACGCGAACACAAAUUUACGCAACGAUAGGAGGGGCGGUUCCAAUCCGCAGUUAUUAAUUAUUAGGAAGGUGAAAAUAAUCAUCGAAUAUUCUAUCGUCAUUAUUACCUUUAAUAUCAUCGUUAUUAUUAUCGAUCAUUUUUUUUUUUUUUCCAUCAUUACCUUUUCAUUUUUCUUCUGUUUUUUUCGUUCAUUUUUCUCGGACAAUUAUUAUGUUUUUCACCCCUCCAUCCCCCACCCGAUGAUAAACGAAGACAAAAUGAAAUGAAAAAGAAAGGAAAAGUAAGAAAAAACGAAGAGAGAAGAGAAAAGAAAAAUGUGUAAAUCUUUGUGUAACUCUACGAUCCACAAAAAUCGCCCGACGCAUUAUAUAUUGUGGUAGAGUGAAAAGAGAGAAAAAUCUAUCUAUAUAUAUAUAUAUAUAUACAUAUGUAUACCCUAUAAUUAUUAAGGAGAAGGAAAAAGAUACGAUCUUGAAGAUGGUAUGCUAAAAAAGAAAUAAAAAAUUGAUAACGGUAUGUAAGAUAUUUAAUAAGAAAGACGAGUUAAAAUUGAAACGUUUAACGCCUCGCACCACGUUUAUAAUGCCGAAUGGAAAACAAAAUGAAAAGGGUAAAAUAAAAAAAGUGAACAGGAAAAAAUCCAGACGAAAUAAAAGGUCGGUGGAUUUUGGUUCGGUUUUGCCAAAUAUCCAUUUUUGUCGAAAUGCGAGUCCCCACAGUAUACGAUAAUACGAUACGACAAGGAAUAAUAAUAAUGUAAAAUAAUUAUACAGCGAGACGUAUGCAGAAGCAACCCCAAUACCUCAUAUAAAAGAAAGAAGCAAAAAACAUUCAAUCGCAAAGCUAUGUAAUCUAAAGUAACGAAUGAAAAAAAGGAUAACAAUGAAUCCGAAUCAUUUUCUUUCCUUUUUUUCGAAAGUUAGAAAAAAGAAAGAAAUCUUGCCACACCGUAUAAGUUUUUAGGUGGUUUAUAAAUAUUAGACGCGUUGAAGCUGAUUGGAAAAAAAACGAAAAAUACACAACAUACGUGAUGAUAUUUCUAUACACAUUGCAUUGGUAUAGAAAAUUUACAUAUAUUAAACGUUAAAAAUGAAAAUGAAAAAGGAGAAAAAAAAAAAUUGUGACAAAAUUUAGUUUUUAUUGAUUUAUCUUUGUUUCUUAUUUUUUUUUCUUACUUUUUUUUUGGUUAUCGAGAACAGAAGACAGUUA